GUCAGUUUUGAACUGUUUAGUUGUCCCCACCCCCUCACUUCCCUCCUGUUAAUCCUCUAGCAUCAGCAGCAGACACCGAGGCUAACAAAGCGCUACUUUGACUUCAGUUCAACAAUCUUCUAACCAAUCACUACCGAUGGCAGCAAUUAGGAAAAAGCUGGUUAUAGUGGGAGAUGGAGCCUGUGGGAAGACCUGCCUGCUCAUUGUAUUCAGCAAGGACCAGUUUCCUGAAGUCUAUGUGCCCACAGUGUUUGAGAACUACGUCGCUGACAUUGAAGUUGACGGAAAACAGGUUGAAUUAGCGCUCUGGGACACAGCAGGUCAAGAGGACUAUGACCGACUCCGUCCACUCUCUUAUCCAGACACUGAUGUCAUACUCAUGUGCUUCUCCAUCGACAGCCCAGACAGUCUUGAGAACAUCCCUGAGAAGUGGACCCCUGAGGUGAAACACUUCUGCCCCAACGUUCCCAUCAUACUGGUGGGAAAUAAAAAGGAUUUGCGUAACGAUGAUCACACUCGGAGGGAGCUAGCUAAAAUGAAGCAGGAACCCGUGAAACCAGAAGAUGGCCGGGAUAUGGCCAACAGGAUCGGUGCCUUCGGAUACAUGGAGUGCUCUGCAAAAACAAAGGAUGGCGUGAGGGAAGUGUUCGAGAUGGCCACCAGGGCUGCACUACAGGCCAGGCGGGGAAAGAAGAGCAAUAAAUGCGUCCUACUGUAAACUGGGGCAUGAGGACUGCUUCCUGCAGGGGGUAGAAGGAGAAUUAGGUCAACCCUACCCCCAGAUAAACACACACAAAGACUGCUCUCCCCUGUUUUUACUAAAGGUGUAAUGCUUCUACUGUUUUGUCUUAAGCAAAAGUAGUCAGGUCAUCAGUAUUCAACUUUAAGGUUAUGGAAAAUACUUUUUUGUACUUUUAACAUGAGUCAAAUUUGCCAUAAUGAAAGCUCCUUAAACAUGUUGUAUGUAAUUGUAAAGGUCACCCCAGGGUGCUGUUGUGUCAUACUUGCCAACUACAGUUAAGUGCUUAAGCCCUGCCUGCUGAUCUGAGGAAUGUGUCCACAGCCAACUAGGGUGAAGAACCUGCACACUGUGACCUGUAGUCCUUUAACUAUUCCAACAAACUGAGGCACGCAGCGAGUCUAAACCCGGCAGCGUGCCUCCUAAUAUUAAAAACAAUCCUCUGUGCAUUGUGAUCCAAUGCACACUAUUAUACUGGAAACUGGUUUUGCUAAAAACACAAGUGUUUUGUGUAAUAAAUUACUUUGUAAGAAUCUUGA